AUGAGUGCAGCACCAAGUAGAGGUCAAGUUCUUAAUUUGUAUAAGCAAUUUAUUAAAAAUGCAAACCAAUUUAAUAAUUACAAUUUCAAAGAAUACUUUCUAAGGAGGUCCAGAGAAAGUUUUAGAGCUAAUUCGAAGAUACAAGAUCCAGUGGAACUAGCUAAAGUUUAUAGAGAUGCGCAAUUUGAUUUGGCUGUGUUGAAAAGACAAUCCAUCAUUUCACAGUUGUAUACCUUUGACAAGUUAGUUGUCGAACCAGUGGCAGAAAAAUAA